GAUCUGCUCCACGGCUUUCCAAGGGCCACGUCACGUCACGGAGGGGGCAGAAGCGGAUUCCUGGUUCCUGCGAUCUUCACCUCCUCAGAUCCACAUCUACAUCGGAGCAGACGCAGCGCUUUCCUCCUCCAGCACGCUCAAACGACUCCUUUUACAAAAAUGAUGUUUCGAUGUUCACCCGUGGUUUUCCUCCUGGCUGUGGUCUGCUGUCAUGCCGAGCAGGAGGCUCAGAGCAAAUCAAAGGUGUGUGCUAAUGUGUUCUGUGGUGCUGGGAGAGAGUGUGCCGUCAAUGAGAAAGGAGAGCCCAGCUGUCUGUGCAUUGAGCAAUGCAAGCCUCAUAAGCGCUCAGUGUGUGGCAGUAAUGGAAAAACAUACCGUAACCACUGCGAGUUGCACCGUGACGCCUGCCUUACUGGACUCAUGAUCCAAGUGGCCCACGAUGGACACUGCAAAGAGAAGAAGCAGGAGAAAGCCGCUGCCAGCCCAGUUGUGUGUUAUGUCGCUGACCGGAAUGAGCUGCGCAGACGUGUGAUCGACUGGCUGCAGACCGAGGUUGUUCCAGAUGGCUGGUUCACAAAGGGCUCCAACUUCACUGAUAUCCUCCUCAAGUACUUCAAGAAUUAUGAUAGCGGUGACUCCCAGCUGGAUUCUGCAGAGCUGCUCAAGUUCAUUCAGCACAAUGAAACAGCCGUUCAGAUGAACUCUUACGCUGAAGAGGAGAACAACCACCUGCUCAGGAGCCUUUGUGUGGACGCUCUUAUUGAGCUCUCUGAUGAGAACGCCGACUGGAAACUGAGCUUUGAUGAGUUCCUCAACUGCUUGAAACCAGGCUUCAACCCUCCUGAGAAGAAGUGUGCUCUGGAAGAUGAGACCUAUGAGGAUGGUGCCGAGACUCAGGUGGAGUGCAACCUCUGCGUCUGUGCAUGUGGAAACUGGGUCUGCACCGCCAUGACUUGUGAUGAGAAAAGCCUAGUUAUUGACACUGAUGGAGAUCAGGAGAUGACCGAAGAGGAAUGGACCCGCCGUGUGGCUGAACUCAACAAGCAUCAGGAGACUGUGGAGAAGAUGAAGACCAGCACAAAGGAGGUCUAAAGUAGGGCCGAGACAUGAGGAGGGAGAUGACGUGGACCAAUUCCUCUCCUACUGAUCACAAUCAGGAUUCCUGAGAUUAUGUACUGUUAAUGGAAGAAUCACACCAUUUUCUAUAGAUAGGUUAUUACUUUUAUUGCUCCCCAUACCGCAUCUAUUCUCUGGUUAAUGGGUUUUAUGUUGCGGUUUACUAUUCUACAUAGCUUUCACCAUUUUGUACGUUCAUCUGUGUGUCUUCAAGUGCUGUAAAUUGUUUGAUUGUGUCACUCCAAACAGGCCUCAGCACUUUGUUACGGGGGCCCUUGUUUUAUUCACUAUUGUUUGAUUUGAUGUAUUAUUCUUUAUUCCAUUUAUUUGUUUGUCUGUAUACAGUUAUAUGUGGAAUUUUUUGUUUUUUUUGAGACAAUGGCAAUAGAAGAAGAAAAAAGAAGAGGAAAGGAUUCGAGAGUGAUGCUGAGAGAGCAAAACAACACGGGUUCAUCCAUCAAACUGUGACUUUAGAGCUUCGAAGCGAGAGAUGUCCUUCAGUCAGAUGGUAGAUACUCAUGCUAAAACAUACACGCUAGAGAGAGCUUGACGGACAUAAAUGCAAGCUAAAUGAAGCUCUCGCUCUCUUUCACUCUCAUCUUGAAGGCAGUCAUAGUCUUGAAACCUUUCGUAAAGGUGCUAACGUUAGUAUUCCUCUGUUUGCAUGCUUUGCUCUCUUGCUUUAGACGGUAGAUAAAGUUUGGUAGACCAACACUAGAAGCAGAGACGGCAUGGCUCAGUGGAGAGAGCAGGCAAUGCCUUUGAAUUUUAACAUCACUAUGGGACAACAAACCCACCAUGAUGUUAAUACUUGACAAACAUGCUUUUCUGCCAUGAGCGAACUUCGAUUAGAGUAGAUCACCUCCAUCAGUAGAAAACCGCUUCACAGAUGCAUUGGCUACACUUGAGCUUGUAUUUAUAUUAGUUGCUAGAGGCAGUUUAUGCUGAAACUUUCACACUGUGCUCAGUCCUAUUCUAAUGCUGGGGUUGCAUCGAUGAAAUGAACUCACAAGCCAGAUUUAUAAAAAAUAAUAAUAAUAAUAAAGCAGCUAAGCUCACAAAGGUGGGACUGAGUACAGAUGGAGUGAUCUGAAACCAAAGUCUGAUGUUUAGGAUGUUUCAAUUGUUGUACGAAAACCUCCAGGUACACCACUACUCUGGACCCAGCAACUACUUUAUACCUGUUAUGUAAAAUAGCUGUCAGGAUAAGGAUUAGAUUCACUAUUGCCUUUGUAGUGUAGCUGAAUUCUUACCCACUUAAGAUAAUGUGUGUGCAUGUGUGCCAAAUGCAUUUGUGUGUCUGUGUGUGUGUAAGUGUUAGCAUGUUUAAUUUCCACUAAAUUCCAUAACAGUACGGAUCCUUUGUGGUAAUCAGUGCCUUAUAUACGCAAACAGUGUGCCAUGGAUGAAGUGGCUUCUUCUGUAGGUAUAAACCACCUGAUAUAGGACACAAUGCACAUGAAUUUUCCAGUAUUAUGGUAGACAGCUAGCAAUUGCCUUUUAUAUGUCUGUAUGACUGUCUUAUUCAAUGGGGCAGAAUUAAAACAUUUUAUUGUAAAAA